AUGUCGUCGAUGGUACGACGUGAUUUUGGUUCAUUUCAUAGUUCAAAUGUUGAAGAAUUAUUAGAUCUCCCGGAUGAUUGUUUUAUAUCAUUAUCAGAACCAUUUCCCUUAUAUGAUUAUAAAAGUGAUGAUAAGAUUCCAUUUGGACGUGGGAUGAAUGAAAAAUAUUUUUUAUUAGAUAAUAAAUAUAUAUUUCUUAAUCAUGGAGCAUUUGGUUGUGUAUUACGUCAAGCAUUAGAAUAUUCACAUUUAUUUCAAUAUUAUAUUGAAAAACAACCACUACGUUUUUAUGAUCGUGAAAUAUUUCCAAGAUUAGUAGAUGUAAUAAGAAAAAUGGCAAAAUUUUUAGGUUGUACAACACCAAAGAAUUUAAUAUUAGUUGAAAAUGUUACAUUUGCUUGGAAUUCUAUAAUAACAUCAUUAAAUAUAGAUGAUAAAAGUCACAUAUUCAUAAUGAAUACUAUGUAUGGUGCUUAUAAAAAAUAUCUAAAGAAGAUUUGUUUAGAGACUGAUGCAAAAUUAUAUGAAUUCUCAAUUGAAUUUCCCAUUGAUGAUAUUAAUAAAGUUGUAGAUAAAAUAAAACUUGCUCUCAAAUCAAAUAAAUUUACUUAUGCAUUCUUUGAUCAUAUAUCAAGUCAAUCACCAUUCAUUUUACCUAUAAAUGAUCUUUGUUAUUAUUGUAAACAAUUAAAUAUUCCAUGUAUCAUUGAUGGAGCUCAUGCACUUGGUUCAAUCAAUCUUCGUUUUGAUUAUGAAGAUGAUUAUUUACCAGAUAUUUAUUUAACAAAUUGUCAUAAAUGGUUUUGUGCACCCAAAGGAGUUGGCCUAUUAUAUAUGAAAUCAAAUAGUAAACUAAUAAUUCAUCCAUGUAUACAAUCACAUGGAAUUGAUUCUGGGAUGCAUUCGGAAUUUCUUUGGACUGGUCUUAAAGAUUAUACAAGUUUCUUAGCAUUAAAUGAAUGUGUACGUUUUUGGUCAUAUUAUGAUAUCAAAAUAAUUAUAGAUCGUAAUACAAAAUUAGCUAAAGAUGCAAGUGAUUUAUUAGUAGAAAUGUGGAAUACAUCAAAAUUAACUUCAGAUGAUAUAUCUGGUCCAAUGCGUUGUAUAAAAUUGCCGAUGUCUAAUGAUAAUAAUGGUGGUUUUAAAUAUGAUGAUGCUGAAAUAAUACAAAAUCAACUUCAUCAUGAUUAUAAUAUUGAAGUACCAAUUAAAAAUAUUGAUGGAAAUUUGUAUGUUCGAAUAUCAACACAUAUCCAUAAUUAUAUUGAACAAUAUGAACAAUUAGGUAAUGCUAUAAUCGAAAUUAUUGGCAAGUGGCAUCAGAAACAAGAAAAUUUUUGA